AUCAUUUACGAAAUUUUUUUUUUUAGAUUGUGUAAAACUUAUAUGAACAGAAUGCUGGUUUAUGUUGCUUUCGUUGUAUUAUGUGUGGAUAUAGCAUGUAAAGCAUCUACAUGUACAUCUGCGUCUUGGAAUUUAGCAACCUUGCCAUUAAGCUUUGGAAAAGACAUUAUUUUACGUUGCAUCAUUGAUAACAUGAAGAUCGGCAAUGAUUCACACUGCAAAGUACGACAAUGGACAGGAGGCAAAAACUAUGACAUGCUUUGUACAGAUGGUGAAUGCAGAGAUCCAAAUAAAUAUGAAAUGUUAACACGGAAUACCAGUAAAGAUUUUGAGCUGCUUAUUCACAAUUUUAGUGAAUCUGAUUUUAACUACAACUACACGUGUACCUGUGGAUUUGAUAGUUGCACUAGGAAACUGUUUGUCGAACCAAAUCAUGUUAUGUCUUUACCAACUAUGACAAAACAAAUGAAAGAUAAAAACUACAUCAACAACGACAGCAUGGAAAUAGAAAUUAUGCUUGAUAAGGUGAACCCUGUUCCAAACUGCACAGCAUGGUUUGAGGGUCGGUUCAUCAAAGAUGCAACUGUUACUGUUAUGAAAUGGUACACAUAUCAUAAUGAUGUUAAAGUGAGUUAUGAUUUUCCUGUGAACAGUAUCGGCUGUGAAGGUAGACUGCAAAUACUGUGCAACCUUGUUUAUCGUAAUGUCACCAUUUUUGACGAACACGUAGAUAUAUGUCAUGAAAAAGAAGAAGGCACGCUGACAAUGUAUACAAUAUCCAUCGGAUGUGCUGUGUUUGUUAUGAUUUUGUUAAUUUGCAUAUGCUUGGCCAAAAGACGUGAGAUAGUGUUUGGUAGACGAUGUUGGACCAAUGAAAAGACGAAACAAAGUGCAAAUAUCAAUCGAGAUCCAUUAUUAACUGCAGACACAAAGAAACAAGAAAAGAAAACAUCACCAAUAUAAAUGUGUAGUCACAAUUUUAUUGUUAUCGGGAACAUGUUCCCCACACAUUUUCAAUGUCAAAAUGCCUGAGUUAUUAUGCCACAGUAACACUAAAUUACUCAAUAGAGCCAUUUAUGAUGGAUGACCCUGGGCCAGCCGGUAUAACGCAAUGAUGAAAUUGAAAAAGGCGACUUGUUUAUUGAUUGAAACAAAACUUGUUACCAUAUCAAUACUGUACAGAUGUAUAGCUAUGUAAAAUUUGUGCCAGUAAUUUUAAUCAAAUAGCAUUAAUUGUCAGGGCAAACUGUUUAUGAUUGCAUCCAUUAUUGCAUCAUUGCAUCAAUCAUUUCAUGCAGACAUAGCGUGAUUGUUUGUGUUUUGUGUUCAAGGUAUUGCAGAACGACCUUAUUUCAAAACUAAAUCUAACGAUCGUAGCCUUUACUUUAUAAGACAAUAUAUGCAGAGCUAGUUAAUGUAACAGUAACAACAUUUGCAUUACAGAACACAUUGCAAUUAAUUUUGUUUCAAAAAUACCAGAUCAUACUUUCGGAAAUUUACUAAGAGUCAAAUUACCACUUUUGUUUUUAAUAUAUAUGUAUUCAAUGAAUAUACACUAUGCAUUUUUGACAUACCAUUUCAUUUUAUAUCAUCUGUUAAUAUUUCAUAUUCAGCAAGUAUUAUUUCAUAUUUCUACGUGCAGCUAAACGUGUUUUAAAUAACAUAAAAUAUGUGUGCGAAUAUAAAGUUAGCUUUUGGGUUGAUCGUGUUAUAAAUCAUGUGGAAGUUUUUAUUUAUUGUAUAUGUGUAUUUCAAAGUGUUAUUGUCCAAAUGAACGUAAUCAACUAACACGAAAGCUUUGAGCAAUUACCCAGGCGUCAUUUGCAUUUUGUAGCCCACAUCAGUUUGAUAAGCCGAACAUAUAAUUUUGAAUGUGUAUGAUUGUGCUA